AUGGAGAAGUUGAGACCGAUAAGGGUGGAAAAAAUCGAGGACGAGGGUUUUACGAAGGCGUGUGGUAUAUGCUCGAGAGAUACGAGUCAUUUAGGUGCUCUUGGACUUAGUUUGAUUCCUAAGGACGCCGUCACAAUUCACACAACUCUCAUACCUCGUCCCAAACAUUCUCAAUUGCCAACAUCGAUCAAUUUGUUGAAGUUCCAGUUGAUUGUUGAUUGUCUCUCAAUUAUGGGAGGAAAGAUGAUUAUUGGCAGUGAGGCGGGAUUCGAAUAUCGUUGGCGGUUUUCGAGGGGUGACGUGGACGAGUUUAGCCCGUAUCUUAUGUCCAAAAUGAAAGAUCGUGAGAAAGAUUCAGAAUUUGUAUCGAAACUGAAACCUGGGUACAGAAUCUUUGUGUUUGAGUUCAGAACCGACUUUAUCUGGCGGCCGGUUGCCGGUGGGCCCAAUACAGUUAUGGACUCGGAGAGAUUUAGUUGCGUGGUUUUUGAGUUGGAGACCGUUAAAAGUGACUGGAUUAUGCUGUGGUGCCAGGCAAGUGGAAGGACGAGAGAUUACUGGAUGGGCCACGAAGAAACCAAGCGGCUUGUGGACGAGGCCUUCGAUUUUGCCCGAGAGAAUGCAGGGGCCCAUGAUCAUUGGGUUCCGGUGGUAGUGGACCUGGAGGUAUGCACGGCCCAACAAGAGGGGGAGUCCAUUGAGGCAUCCAUGGAAAGGGCAAUCCGGGCCCAAUACUUGAUGCCCUUGUCGUACCUAACGGCGCACCUCUUGCCCACGGAGGAGUACAAACCAAAGAAGUUCGAUAUACGGCACAUUUUUAGUAGAAAAAUGGGCAUGGUUAGGGUGGAGGAGAAAAACGAGGACGAGAAGAAGGCGUGCGGUAUAUGCUCGAGAAAUACGAGUCAUGUGGGUGCUGUUUUAUCUACCAUCCCUGCGUGUGGCCAUACUUUUCAUGCCCAUUGCCUUUGCUUGUGGUUGGAGGCUACCACCCGCUGCCCGACUUGCCAGACUGCCGCAUACCAUAGAUAUGAAUUGAUUUGA